AUGCUUGAAGUAAAUAUUGUUUUUUAAAAUUAAAACGACGGAAAUUGUUUUUAAUAAUGUUUUCUAUUUCAGAAUUUAAAAAUGGAACCAUGGAAGAAGGUGUGCAUUUACGUAUCCGUUUAUGCCAUACUCCGAGAGUGUCGUCCUAUAGAUCCUUUUUAUAUCGAAUACGUAACUUCACUUUCGGAAAAAUACACGGAUCAAGUAGUAAGUCGUAAACGUAAAUUAUUAUUUAAAUUUUAGAUGUUAAACAGAAUGCAGUCGUUACUCACACGGCCGUUAUAGUAAAUAAUGCAGAACCAUUAUUUAGUGCUGAAUACUAUAUUACAAGUAUACAUACUUAAAAUGAUACUACAGUGUAUACUAUUAACAAUAUUAUAUUUCUUGAAUAUAUACGUUUUUAUUUGAAAUUGAAAUUGUUUAUAAAGAUAUAAACGUUUUUGUCGGUAUAUGCGUAAUCAUUUUUUUAAAACUUUUUUCGAGGUUGUACAAAUUAUCACGAAUUUCAUCCUGUAUAUAUUUAGAUAGCUGAUUUAUUGAAUAUUUAUAGUAUAGGUAUUUUAGAGAAGGGUUUUUUUUUUGCGAAUUCUCCGGUUCGUUCUAAGCUCUGUUCGAAAUUUUUUUGAAUAAAAUAAUUUCAUUAUUUUAAUUAUUUUAAUUUCAUAAUUAUCUCACAUUGUUUUCAAUUAAAAAAUAAUAAUUCAAAACUGCAGGCUAUUCGUUGUUUCCUCGAAACAGUGAUCAGUCGAAAAGGUGCGAAGUUUGUAUCGCAUAGUUACCAUAUAAUAUUUACUUUGAAGUUAUUUCUACAUGAGGUUUUAAUAUCCAUAACCACUUUGAGUAUGUAUACUUCACGUUAAACAUUAACCAUUUCGUCGGUUAUUCAUAAUAGAGUGUAUUCGGUUUCACCUCGCGUAAUUUAUUUAUUUACGUCCGUACGUUCUAAAACAUCAAACCUUAAAAUUAUCCGUAUAGGCAUCACGAUAUGUUCAUCGCAAGGUUUACUUUUCUUAUGAAUAAAUUAAAAUUUAUUAGCCACGGUACCUAUACGUAUUCAUAUUUGAGCGUGCUAUUACGGAUACCUUUUUAUAAUCGACAGCAUUUUCGAAGUAAACAAAACUAUGAUUGUCAACAAAUAAUAACAAUAGUGGUGCAAAACCUCAGUUUAAAUAUGACAUUUUCGAAAUGCGUAAGCGCUAAUAAGUAAUAACCUAUAUAUGCUUAUACGACAACAAUAAAAAGCGCUUCCGGCGGGUUGAUAAUAUUUGUAUACGGGGAAGGUAAGGUUACGUAAGUAUAUGGGUUGGAGAUGUUGAUUUUACCGGUUUUAUCCGGAUUAGAUUUUUUUUUUUUCUAAAUCCGCAAUCCGUAUAAAAAAAAAAUAUUUGUUUACCUAACUUAACCUAAUAAUAGCGCUAACAAUUUGUUUAAAUGUUUAUUUCCACACACCACCACACAUCAAACAAAUAUUAUUUAAGGCGUUCUAUAUACUUACGUUUAUAUUAUAGGAAUAAAAACCUAUAGUAUAAUUUAAUAAUAUUUUUUGGGCAAAAAAUAUUGAAAUUUUUUUUAGUUUUUAAUGUUAAUUUCUUAUAAUUUUACGUGAUUUGGUUUUAACUACAUUAUAUUAUACUGGCGUGUUAUUGUGAUAUAAAUUGUAAAUUAUUAUAAACGACUUUAAAAAAAUAUUAUCAUAUGCAUAUUUAGAUUAGAGAAGAAAUAUAUCCUGUCUGUAGUUAUAUUAGCGUGUUCCUCGUAAUUAUAAUAUUUCUUGUUACUGAUUUUCUACGUUAUAAGCCAAUCAUAGUAUUAAAUGGAUUGGCUGGUAUUGUUUAUUAUGGACUACUAUUAACAUCACCAACUAUCGCUACUUUGAAAGUAAGUACUCAAUACUUUUAGAUUUUAAGAACUGUAUCAAUAUAAAAUUCUUUAUUUUAUUAUUUCUUUGUUAUAUGCACUACACAGUGUGUUAUACAUUUACGUGUUUAUACUUAAAUAAAGCCAAAUAUUUAUAUUAUAGACAAGUCAAGUAUUUCAAGCGCUUUUCAGAGCAGCUGAAAUUGCUUUUUAUACAUACAUGUUUGCUAAUAUUAAACAAAAAGACCAAUAUCAAAUUGCUACUAGUAGAUUAAGGACUUCAAUUAUGAUUGGAAAAUGUUGCUGUGGUAUUCUAGCACAAGUUCUUAUAUCAUGGAAUUUUGUAAGCUACAUACAUUUACUCUACUUAAGUUUAUUGGGUAAGUAUAAUGCAAGUAUAUUUGUAUAUUUUUGUUGAGAGGACAUCUACUUUUACUUUUGCUGAUUAUACAACCGGUAAAUAUAGCGAAUUACAUCAUGCCCGGAAUUUUUUUUCAGGGAAGAGGUGCACUGAGAAAUUUUAAAUAAAUAAUAAGGUUAACUAUAAUUAUUUGUAUUCAUAAUUGUGUUACUAAAUAUAAUUUUUGGGAGAGGAGGCUAAAAAAGAAAUUAUAGAGUUUAGUUAAAAUGUAAAGUUUUAAUAUUUUUCUGGCUUUGUUUGAAGAGGACAAUAUCUUGUAGCGGUUGUAGCGCUCAAUUCGUUUGUAGAUAUUAUCUAAAAAAUUACAUCUCGAAUCCGCCAUUUAGAUAAAAAAUAUUAUUAGACAUUUCUCUUAAUGGUUUUUUUUUUUUUUUUAAAUAUUGGGUUAAGUUUUCUGGUUUAAAUUGUAUUAACAGUAAAAAAAAAAAAAACAAUCAAUGCAUUCCUUGCUUCGACCAGAAUCUAAAAUCGCGUUGUUUAUAAACUAUUAUAUUAGAGAAACGUGUAUCAUACGCUAUAAAUUUAUAACCUCUUACUACAAAUAAUAGUGGAAAAAAAAUAUCGGGUAAUUUAUUGAAAUGUAUAAGUAUAUUACGUGUGUAAUUCAAAAUUUUCGUUAAUUUUAAACACAUAUUUGAAUAAUUUGUUUUAGGUAUGUUUUUAACUACAGUUUGGUCAUUAUUAAUGCCAUCAGCUAAAUUUAGUAUAUAUUUUUACAAAGAAAAAGAGCCGAUCAUCAACUACAUAUUAGUUGAUAAUAAUCAAAUAGUUGAAACAAAAAUUUUAUAUUUAAUUAACGGAAAUUUAGAUAAAACCAGCAAACAAGUAUGUAAAGUCAAAUAUAUUCUAAAGACUAAUAAUAGUGUAUGUUUUAAAUCUUAAUAAUUUAUCCAAGCAGAAAGUCUUUGUAAGAAUGAAUUUGUUUGAAGUCAUACAAAAGCUAUGGGUGGAUUUUAAAGUAGCUUACUCAGAUCCUUCGGUAAUUAAAUGGUCAAUGUGGUGGUCAUUAUCACUUUGUGGUUAUGUAUUGGUGAAUAUUUUACGUUUUUAAUUAAAAGCAAAUAUACGUUUCUUGACACAAUAGAUUUUUUUUUUUUUAAUUUUUGAAUAACAGGUACUAUAUAUUUAUUUUAUAAACCGUUUCCGCAAUUAUUUUAGGCUGCACAAUACAUUCAGCUUCUUUGGAAGGAAAUUAAUAAAAACGAAAACAACCAUCUAAUGAACGGAGCAGUCGAGUCACUGGCUACAUUAUUAAGUAAGUCCAAGAAACUUAAUUUAUAUACAUAUUUAUUUUUGUAUAUUUAAUAAUUUGUAAUGGUUUUAACACGGUCGUAUUGUAAGUGAAAAAAUCAUUAUUCGAAUUUGUUUUUACAUUUUAUUUCUAUUCACUCAAUUUUUUGACAUAAAUUUAAAUUAGUGAUAAAUUUGAGUUUAAUCGAUGAACAUUAAAAUUUUUUGUAAAACGACUAAAAAAAAAAAAAAAAAACCGGUGACACAUUUUCAUAUUUUAUAUCAGUGUUAGUAACUGAGUAUCAUUAUUUACCGUAUUGAAUUAAAUAUAUAAUUAUAGAAUUAAUAAACAUGUUCAAUAUAAUACAGAUACCUACACAUUAUAUUGCAUGUAGUUCUAAAUCACAGUUAUUGAUUUUAAGCAAGAAUGUUUUUAUUUGUACAGAAUACGAAUAUGUAAGGUACUUACUACCUUUACUGGUUAACAAAUUGCAAAAUUUUAUUGGCCGGUCCUAAAUAGCAGAGAAAAUAGGUGAGGGAGAAGAAGAAGGAGUGAUAUUUUCUGUAUCAGUGAUACGUAACAUAUUUAUAACACGUUACUUAGUUAAAAUAUUAGUUAAAAUGUAAUAAUGCAUUAAUACUUAUAGUAAACAAUUUCGAAGUAAAGUAAAUUUGAAUAUCAAUAUUAUGAUUUAAUUAUUAGUGUUUAAUUAAUAAUAUGUUACGGUAUAGUUCAAAAUUAUAAGAACGAACAAAGAAAACAAUGCCUAUAAACAUGAAAUCUUUGAUUAAAAAUAAUAACAAUAAUAAUAAAAAGCAAGUAAAUUAUGCGUCUACAGAGCUACUGAGUAAAUAUUAUGUAAAAAACGAAAACCGGGGCCUCAAUUUUUGGAUGUUUUUCGUAUAUGGAUCGUGGAUAAAUUAAUUAAUAUAACGAUCAUAUAUGGAGAAUUUUCCAGAAUAGGUUUCAUAUACUCAGACAUUGAAUAAUUACAAAAACCGUAGAUAUAAAAUAAAUUUAGGUAAGGAAUUUUAAUAUUUUUGACAAUUUCAUUUUUAAAUUUAUAAUUUUAAAGAUUUAAACCCAUAACACAACCACUAUAUUAUGUAAUUUAUAUUUUAUAUAUUUAAAUAUGUGUGCAUUUUUUAAAUUUAGGUAAUAAUUUUAUGUAUACAUUAUUUUAUAAAUGUUUUUUUAUUUUUUUUAAAUAUUUUAAUUAAAAAUUAAUGUUAAUAAUAGUUAAAGUAGUAGAUUAAGUAGCACAAAUGUAUCUAUAUUUAUAUUAAAACGCAAUUUUUCUAUUCGAUACAUUUUUAUUGUGAAUUGUUUAUUUAAAAAAACAAUAGAUAUAAAAAUAAAAUUGUUGUUAGAAAAAAUAAUUAUUACCUAAGAAGUAAAUGUGUAUAGGGUAGCUGAAUAAAUAUUAUACGGAAAAUAGAAAUCGGGGCCUCAAUUUUUGAAUUUCUUUUUGUAUAUGAAUCGUGAAUAAGAUAAUGAUCGUAUACAGAAAAUUUUCCAGAAUAGGGUCCACGCUAUGGCAUCAAAUUGUUAUAAAUUAGAAUUUAAAAGGGCUUUUAAUGUUUUUCAAAUCGUUUUAUUUACAAAUUGUUAUAAGAUGGGUUUAAAACUUAACCACUUGUUUUUUUAGAUGUAUUGUAUAACAGUGUUUUAACAGAUAUUUAUUUUUAAAAAUUAACUAGUUUUAAGGAAAGUUUAAAGUUUAAAUUAAGUAAUAAUACAAUAGUAUUAAGUUUCAAUGGUGUUAAAAAGUAAAAUAAUAUUGUUUAGUUUAAUAAGUUCAUUGUUUCAAAUGCUAAAUUUGUAAUGUGAACAAUCUUUUUAAAAUAUAAUAGAAAGAUAUAAUUAUUAUACAUAUAUAUAUGUUCAUUAAAUACAUACGAGUAAAUAGUAUUUCGAUAUUUAAUAUUAUAUUUACCCUUUUUCGUUCGUUAUGUGAAAUAUGCGAAAUCUAAAAUGUGCACUGAGCCAGUAUGAGAAGAAUAAAAUGUUGUAGUUUUCACUGUAAUAAAUCUAUGGGCAGGUUGUAUGCUAUUUGUUGUUUACAGUUUGAUCUAUGGAUAAAGUUUCGGGUAGAAUUUAUUUGUAUGCACGGUACUAAAGGUUGCCUAAAAAAUAGGUAUUGAGGGUGAAAUCGAUGAAAUUUCACCGACUUUAGUUACUGGAUUAACUUCCAUGUUACAUUUUAUAAUUUAUCAAAACUAUACUAUCUUGAUGAAUUUUUAAAUAUUUUUAGGCGCUGCGGUUACAUAUGCUAUUGGCAUGGUAAACGGGGACUGGGACAAGUAUGGAGAAAUUAUAAUGGCGAUAGUAGCUGUAGAACUAGGAGUUAUGUUAUCAUUUGUUGGUAUCGCUGAAUCUUUGACACAGUCGUAUAUUUACUAUAUAAUAUUUUGUUGUACAUACCAAACAAUGUUGACAAUAUCAAGGUAAAAUUAAAAACUGUUAUUAAUUACAAUUAAUACGUAGGUACGUUUGAUAAAAUUGUUUUGUGGUUAUUACCGUUUUCACGUAUAGGUAAUGAUAUAUUAUGUAAUAAGGAAAUUCGAAAAAUACGGUCUUUAGCGUGGAUAACAAUUUUAUAUAAUAGUGUUAAAUUUUAUCAGAUAAGUAAUAAUAAUAUUGAUUUAGUUACGUAAUAGGUAGCCGAAUGUGGAAUAAGUAUCUAAUAUUGAAUAUUAUGUCUUUUCACUAUAGUUACGUUUCGUUACAUAGCGGUCCGCAUUGAAAUUUUUUUUUUAAAGAAUCAUAUUAACGAAAAUUUGUUACUGUUAUUAUCAUCCGGCAUAAACAAUAUUUGUCGAAUUUCAUUAUACCACGGAACCAUUAUUUUUUUAUUUUUUUUUUAUGAUUUCUUAGAAAACACUGAAAAUUGUAACAUCGUGAGCUUCGAUUGAAUUAAAUUUGUAUGCCUAUAGAUGUAUACCGAUACUAUUAUGUAUUAUGAUUGUUGAUUAUAGAACUUACCUGUACACGUAGUUGGAAUCACCGAUAAUUUAGUGUUGACUUUGAUUGGACGUUCUCACCAUGAUAAACAAUCCCACAUACAGUUAUUGGUAUUCGUCUAGUGUCAUAGUUUCAAAACCGGGAUACCAUUUUAGCACAAUUUAUUUUUGUGUCAGCCUUAAAUUAGUAACACCGUUUAAAAACCGCUGGACAAUUUAACAACUGUAAUACCAUAUGGUCCUCGUUCGUCUAUAAUACUCGGGAACGGUACAAAUACUAAAUCCCGAUAAAAAAAAAAAAACAAUUCCACUCGAAAUGGAAUUGUUAAAUGUACAUUUUUUUUUUUAGUUACCUAUUGUGUUGUAAUAGUUGUAAUUUAUAUUCGUACAUAGCUGGUAAAUCUCUGGGAAUGUCUAGACAUUUAUUGACGUUUCGGAUUUACGUAUACCAACAUACCAGUUUUCGAUGUUGGUAUUAUGCGUAUAAUUUAGUUUUGUUUGAAAAAAAAAAAAUAAAUCAAAAAAAACAUUUCCAACCUAUUCAAAACUAUUAUAAGCAAUAAUAAUUAAACGCCCUUUGCGGAAUAAAACCAAAUAACACGCAUAAUAUUUAUUGAGUUUUAGUAUCUAUUAAUAAUAGUUAAGUAAGGGAAGAAACUUGUUCGAUAUUAUGUUCUUUUCCUCGGUAUCUAUCAGUUUACCGGAAGUUUGAUAUAAUAUUCUCGGUAUGACCGUAAGUUAGGUAUUUACCAAGUUAUUGUUUGCUAAUACUUUGAGUCUUUCGGGUGAUGAUUACUUAAAUUAAAUAAAUACUAAAUAAAACAAUAUAACGGCCAAUAGGUGAAAAUAAUCGUUAAACGUACGAAAGCUACAAAUAAUUUUACAGUCAAUUCAAAUCAUGAUAAUAUUAUCAUUAUAACAUACUUUUUCUAUUUUAGUGCAGAAUUGGCAAAAUGCUUGAAACGAGAUUGUUACGCAUUAGUGUUCGGAUUUAAUAAAUUCAUUGCCUUCAUCAUGAUUAGUAUAUUCACUGUGGUUUUCGUUGAAAAUAUAUUCUUCUCUUUCGACAUCCGACAACAGGUAAAAACAAGUUUAAAAUUUGUUUACUGAUAAGCUCUAUAAGAUUGAUUGAUUCAACAGUUUUGUUUUUCUGAUUAAGAUUAUAAAUUAUCGUGCGGUACCUAUAUACACGAAUAUAUAAUUGUUGUUAUAGUUAAUAUUUAUACCGAAAAAGUCACACUAUAGGCAGUGGCAUAUUUGAGGGGGGACGAUGGACGGAUUGCCCUCUCCUUGGAAUUUUUUGGCUGUGAUUUUUCAAUCACGUUUACAGGCUAUAGGCAAUAGAAUAAUAUAGUAUUUAAAACCGUGUUAUUUAUUAUGUCUCUGGUAUUUUUAUCAGGGUUACUAAAAAAUAGUAUUAUCACUGUAUAACUAGGGAAAUUUGUUGUUUAUAAUACAUAAUAUAGGGAUGUUCAAACAGUAUAGUGAUCACAGAUUGGUUUGUAGGAGAAAAGAAGAUUAAUGUCGAUUAA